AGGUCGUUAUUAGUAAUUGGAGUGAAAUAAAAUUAAAUGAAGUGUAGAGAUUUUGGAGGAGCGAAUUUUCAACUCCCCGUUGUUUGUGACUUUGGCGUCUUUCUUCUUCUUCUUCAACAGAAACGAACAAACAAAGCCAAUUUACCCAAAGAAAACUUAAGCAGAGGAUCGGUUGGGUUCAGCAGCAGAAGAUCCACCAUGCCCAUGGAGGACGAAGCUCAAAUUAUGCUCAUCUCUCCGGCCGACCCUAAAGGUAGUCCGGUCAAGGACCAGCAAGCCGCCGGAGUCGGCAUCCUCCUUCAGAUCAUGAUGCUCGUUCUCUCUUUCGUUCUCGGUCAUGUCCUUCGCCGCCAUAGACUCUAUUUUCUCCCCGAAGCUAGUGCUUCUCUUCUCAUCGGUUUAAUCGUCGGCGGGCUUGCCAACAUUUCGAAUACUGAAACUAACAUCAGGGCGUGGUUCAAUUUUCACGAAGAAUUCUUCUUCCUUUUCCUUUUGCCUCCGAUCAUAUUUCAGUCAGGAUUUAGUCUUUCACCUAAGCCUUUCUUCUCAAACUUUGGGGCAAUUGUGACUUUUGCUAUUCUGGGAACCUUUAUAGCCUCGGUUGUUACGGGUGGUCUUGUUUACCUUGGCGGAUUAGCAUUUCUCAUGUACCGGCUUCCAUUUGUUGAAUGUCUCAUGUUUGGUGCUCUCAUUUCGGCAACAGAUCCUGUCACUGUCUUGUCCAUUUUUCAGGAACUUGGCACUGACGUGAACCUUUAUGCUUUGGUCUUUGGAGAAUCUGUAUUGAAUGAUGCUAUGGCAAUUUCCUUGUACAGAACAAUGUCCUUGGUUAGAAGUCAUGCUUAUUCUGGAAAAAACUUUUUCUUUGUGAUUGUUAGAUUUCUUGAGACUUUUGUUGGCUCAUUGUCAGCAGGUGUUGGAGUUGGAUUUACCUCUGCAUUGCUUUUUAAGUAUGCAGGAUUGGACAUUGACAAUCUUCAAAAUCUGGAGUGCUGUCUUUUUGUUCUUUUCCCGUAUUUCUCGUACAUGCUUGCAGAAGGUUUUGGUUUGUCUGGAAUUGUAUCAAUAUUAUUCACAGGAAUGGUGAUGAAGCAUUAUACGUAUUCAAACUUAUCACAGUCUUCACAACAAUUUGUUGCGGAAUUUUUCCACUUAAUAUCAUCUCUGGCAGAGACAUUUAUAUUUAUAUAUAUGGGCUUAGAUAUUGCAAUGGAGCAACAUAGCUGGUCACAUGUUGGAUUCAUUUUUUUCUCAAUUUUAUUUAUUGGUGUUGCAAGGGCUGCAAAUGUUUUUUCUUGUGCAUAUUUAGUCAACUUGGUUCGACCUGCAAAUCGGAAAAUACCUUCCAAUCAUCAGAAGGCACUUUGGUACAGUGGACUUCGUGGGGCUAUGGCGUUUGCGCUUGCUCUACAAUCAAUUCAUGAUCUUCCAGAUGGACACGGUCAGACAAUUUUCACUGCAACUACUGCAAUAGUUGUAUUGACGGUGUUGCUUAUUGGAGGCUCAACUGGUACGAUGCUAGAAGCUUUACAAGUUGUAGGUGAUAGUGAUGAUCAUGAAUACUCUUUGACCGAAACCACUGAUGCAAGCAACGGCUACAUUGCUCCUUAUAAUGAUGAAGGAUCAUCAAGGAGUAGAAUCAAAAUGAAACUUAAAGAGUUCCAUGAGAGUACUGCAUCGUUUACAGCUUUGAAUAGAAACUACCUGACCCCAUUCUUUAAGAGUCGCAGUGGUGAUGAUGAGGAAGAUGACAACAGCAUACCAAUCCGUGGUUCUUGAAAGUAUGUUUCUGGAAUGACUGACUCAUAAAAGGUAAUAGUAAGAAAGAUGAUAGGACUUGGAGAAGUUUGUGAAUACUGUAGGCAUCCGCUCUGAAUUAAGUGGAGGCAAAGGCGAGCGGGUCGAGAGUAUGGAAGUUUCUAACUUGAACUGAAUGAUUAAGAUGGCAAUUGUUCUCUACGUAGCUUCUGCUCUUGACUGAAUAAACAAAGUAGAAAAGUUUGGUUUUAAUCAAAACGGAAACAAAUUAUUCUUUACAUAGGUUUUAUGUUAUGAACACACCAAAGAUGUAGAAGUUACAGUUAAAUCAUCACCUUUUUUACUUUUGACUACGUAAACACAUUAAUUUGUCAGCAUUUUGUUGAUAGAGAUAAUCUUGUAGGAAGUAAUUAGUAAUAAAUUAAAAGAUCUUGGCUUGCCAUAUUUUCAUGAUAA